AUGCAUCUAUUGUUGAAAAUGAGUCACAGGGUUUAGGUAUAGCUCUUUUCCCCAAUGUGGAUAACAUAUUUUGUGAUGCGAUCAUAUCAGCAGUAUUAAUAACAGUGAUUACCAAGGAAGGUCCAUCAAUACGUGACGUAUACAAUAUUGCCACUUGUGUUUCCAGUGAGCUUCUGUGUUUAUUUUAUGACUGACAGUGCACGGGUCCAAAGUACAAGUUCAUAGACUGGAGUCAACAUCCUCUCCACUCCGCCUGGAAUUCCGUCAUAAUGUCCCGAUGACCGACCAUGCUCGUUUUGGACUGGCUGGACUCGCUGUAAAUUCACUUUGGUGUAUGUAUGUGUGUGUGUGUACUUUCUCCUGAUCUACCGUGGACACUAAUUGCCAGUUUACUCUAGGAAAACACCUGGCUGUGUAUGGUUUCCUUGCAGACAAUUCUCAUCUGCAAACUGAGGGAGACUGUUCGUAUCUCAGGAGAGCAUUGCCGACAGAGAGGUGAUUGAAGGUACCGUUACAUGCACUGGAUUCACGGCGUAGGGAACAACAUGGGAGCGGUUCUACGGUGGAGUGGGAUUUUCCUGUGCAUUGUUUUGUGUCACUUCAACUUGAACGCAGCUGAGACAACUACAGUUCCUACCAGUGGUGGGGAUGACACUUGUGCCAGUCAUCCAUGUAAAAAUGGAGGCAUAUGUACAGCAUUCCCAAAUGCAUACCUCUGUCGAUGUCCUGAAGAUUAUAGCGGAGUGACGUGCGAGGUACUCAUUAGUAGUCAAGAUCAGACAGCCUGUGCCAGUAUGCCGUGUGUUAAUGGGGAAUGUGUCAGUACAGGUCCUGCACAGUUUACGUGUAUGUGCCCAGCUGGAUGGCGCGGAAGUAAUUGCGAUCUAGACUUCAAUGAGUGCACAUCAACGCCAUGUCUUAAUGGUGGAACGUGUGAGAACAUUGAUGGUGGAUACAACUGUGGUUGCGUAUUAGGAUUUGCUGGGCAAAAUUGUGAAACAGAUAUAAGCUGUCCAACAAAUAUAUGCCAUAACAAUGGAACAUGUGUAAUAGCAACAUGUGUCUGUACGGAAGGGUUCAGUGGAGAAACCUGCCAAGACAAAGUGGGCUGUAAUUCGAAUCCAUGUAUGAAUGGGGAGUGUCUACCGUCAACGGAUGACCCUAAUGGUUAUACUUGCCAAUGUCAUGUUGGCUUCACAGCAAGACUUUGUGAUCGACCUCUAUAUGUUGCGUGUUCCCAUGAUGGUAAUACAUACUAUGAUGGAGAGGUUAGGAACGACGUAUGCAACCAGUGCCACUGUAGGGGAGGUGAAUGGCUGUGCACAAAGAAAUUUUGCGGAUCGUUUCUGGUAAGGUUUGAUUUCAACGGUGACUACUCCUCACUUGUCCAGGGAAAUGAAGACCAUUUUAAAAGCUCUUUAAAAAAUAACCUCGCAUUGGAGUUUUCAAUUGAUGAGAGUAUGAUGGACAAGUUUGUGAUAUCAUCUGGUAGUAUCCAUGUAGAGUUUGCUCUGGUGCCACUGGUUGAUUCACAUCUCAACAUUGAAGAUGUUGCAGCAAAAAUGCUAUCUACGCUCGAAUCAGACACAUUCUAUUUUCGCUACAAAGAAACGUCGCUCUUUGUCGACAAAUCCUCGGUCUUGUUGGAGAAAGUAGAGACACCAACUGAAGAGCCUGGUGCCCCGGUCAUAAGUAACGUCACUUUGGUAGUCGUCUGUGUACUGGUCAGUGUACUUCUAGUCAUGGCAGUUAUCAUCGGAACUGUUGUUAUUAUAGUCCAUCGAAAACGAUCAGAGAAGACAUCUUUGGGGCAGUUUCGGGGUCGAGAAUCAAAAGAAGAGCCUCCCGCUAUGAAUAAUUCAAACACAAGACACCACAAUGAUUUGUACAACUCAGUCCCGGAAGAAGAGGACGACAACUGCGAGCUUAAAAACAUCAACAUUGAUAUGUUCAAAGUGGUCAAUCCACCUAGUGAUCGGAACCUUGGACCUGACCACGUCUGAACCCCCCCCCCCCACAACCCUCUUACCCUCUUAGGAUUGAUGGGAACAGGUUGGUGUCUUCAACUCUUAUAUAGAAACUCAGGGGAUUGUUAAUUCAUCCCAAGUUUGGUAUUCAGCCCCCCCAGGCACAACAAAUCAUUACACCAUCUGUUGCUUGUGAGCUAAAGGUAUGGUUGCUGAUGAUCACAAUUUACUAUCUGGCAAAACAAGGUAUAUUGUUUAGCCUUUUAUUUUUUUAUUCUUUUUUACUCAAGUCAGCAUUACUUUUGUCAUCAUUUUUUAUUGGGACCAUUGCUUUCACUUAGGACUAGUCCUAACUUAGGACAUAGUCCUAAUGCAAUAUUAUUAAAACCUUAGGACUAUUUUUAAGUUAGAUACUCGUCCUAAUUGGAGAUAAGACUAGUCUUAACUCUUUUAUGAAAUCCACCACUGGACACCUUGUGUUUGUUGGAUUUCAGAGUUUGAAGAAUAUUAUUGAAAAAUUACAACAAUUGUUUUUAAACCGACUUGCCUACACUUGUAGUCUACAUCAAUUUAGAGAAAUUUUGUAAUCAUCCAUAACAUAAUCAUGCAAACCCAACCCACCAUAAUAGUAAAA